AUGUCAGAGAAAUACGCCCCGGCGAAGCGCGUCGCGGGCCAGAAACAGGAUGUAUGGAGUAUUGUCAACGAAGCGGCGGCCGCGAGUCCGGUACAGCCCAUUGUCAACAUGGGACAGGGAUUUUUUGGAUACAACCCUCCGCAGUUCAUCAUUGACGCUGCAAAAGGUGCGCUCGACAGGGUCGAAUGUAACCAGUACUCUCCCACAAAGGGGCGGCCGAGGCUGAAAAAGGCACUUGCAAAGGCGUAUUCACCAUUCUUUGGACGCGAGUUGGACGCCGAGACAGAAGUCACCAUUACGACUGGUGCUAAUGAGGGCAUGCUAAGCGCAUUCAUGGGCUUCAUUGAACCAGGGGACGAGGUCAUUAUUUUUGAACCAUUCUUCGACCAGUACCUAAGCAACAUUGAAAUGCCGGGCGGGACGAUCCGCUACGUGCCCCUACACCCUCCAGCGGACGGAGCUGAGAAGACCAGCUCCGCGGCGAACUGGCGCAUCGACUUUGACGAGCUCGAACGGGCGUUUAAUUCCAAAACGAAAAUGAUUGUACUCAACUCUCCUCACAACCCGGUCGGGAAGGUGUUUAGUAAAGAGGAACUCACCAAGAUUGGAGACUUGUGUCUCAAGCAUAAUGUGAUUAUCUUGUCGGACGAAGUGUACGAUCGAUUAUACUAUGUGCCCUUUACGCGCAUCGCGAGCUUGUCUCCGGAACUGGCGAAGAUCACGCUCACGGUGGGCUCCGCGGGGAAGAACUUUUACGCGACGGGCUGGCGUGUCGGGUACCUGAUCGGGCCCCCCGAGUUGAUCAAGUAUGUGGCGGCGGCGCAUACGAGGAUAUGUUAUUCAAGCGUGAGUCCGCUGCAAGAGGCGGCGGCGAUCGGGUUCGAGGUGGCGGAUCAAGAGGGGUUUUGGGACCAGGCGGUGACAGAGAUGAAGGGCAAAGUCGAUCGAUUUUGUGAGGUGUUUGAUGAAUUGGGAAUCCCGUAUUCAAUCCCCGAGGGGGGCUAUUUCGUCUUGGCCAACCUGAAGAGAGUCAAGUUGCCUGAUGGGUAUACGUUUCCCGAUCACGUCAAGGAUCGGCCGCGGGAUUUCAAGAUGUCGUGGUUUUUGAUCAUGGAGUUGGGUGUGGCUGCGAUUCCACCGACCGAGUUUUACACGGAUGAAAGGGCACAUCUUGCUGAGGAUUGGAUGAGGUUUGCCGUGUGUAAGAAUGAUGAUGUGUUGGAACAGGCCAAGGAACGGUUGAGAGGGUUGAAGAAGUAUAUGGUUUGA